CUGUCACCGGCGGGCCCAGGGCGGGGAGACCCGGGGGAGGGGGCCGGAGGAGUGAAAGGAGGGCGACCAACCAAGGACUGGGGGAAGGGUAGGGCGAGCCCGGCUGAGCCAGAAGCGAGGCCGGCCGAGCCCAGCCAGCAGAUCGCGGGCCCAGGGCUCGCGGCAGGGCCGGGACGCAGAGAAGGGGGCUCGGGCCCCAGCCCCGGCCCGGACAUGGGGUCAGCGAACCCCGCGGCCCGUGGGCCCGGACGCCGCCUCGGUUCGCUGCCGUCGCUGCCGCUUUUGCUGCUGCUGCUGCUGCUCCCAGCGCCCGGGAGCUCGUCCAGGGGGACGCCUAGCCCCGGGGAGAUCGCGGGGGUCCCCCAAGUGGCAGGGCUCUGCGGGCGGCUGACCCUGCACAGAGACCUGCGCACAGGCCGCUGGGAGCCUGACCCCCAGCACUCGCGCCGCUGCCUCCGAGACCCGCAGCACGUGCUGGCUUAUUGCAGACAGGUGUACCCCGACCUCCAGAUCGGCCGCGUGGAGGAAGCCUCACGUCCCAUCCCCAUGGAGCGCUGGUGCGGGGGUGCCCGCGGGAGCAGAUGCCCCCACCACGUGGUGAUCCCCUAUCACUGCCUGCCCGGUGAGUUUGUGAGCGAGGCCCUCCUGGUUCCUGAGGGGUGCAAGUUCCUGCACCAGGAGAGGAUGGAUGAGUGUGAGGGCUCAGCCUACAGGCACCAUCAGGCUCAAGAGGCUUGCCACUCAGAGGGCCUGGUUCUUCACGGCUCGGGGAUGCUCCUCCCAUGUGGAACGGACCGAUUUCGGGGUGUGGAGUAUGUCUGCUGCCCCGCUCCAGGCACCUCCACGCCUCCGCGGACCCCCCACAGUGACGCUCCUACCCAGCCACAGUCCCCAGCGGGAGAGGAGGAAGAGGAGGAAGAAGAGGAGUCCUUUCCCCAGACGGUGGAUGACUAUUUUGUGGAGCCCCCCGGGGAGGAUGAAGAAGAUGGGGAGGGAGAAGCCAGGAGGCUCCAGCACCCCAGCACCCAACCCCCUUCCAGGGCCAGCAAAGGUGAGACCUGCCCCCAGAGUCUGGGCCCCCCGGGUGCCCGGAGCCUGAGUCAGGCUGGCCAGAAGCCCUGGCUCUUCCCUGAGGCUGGCACCAAGCAGCCCUCGGGAGGAAGGCGAGGAGGCUCCAGCUGGGCCGCCCACAAAAGCCUCUAUGUUCUGGGGUCCAGACUCCCAGAGGGAGGCUCUAGUUCUCGGCGGCCCCGGGGCCCGGCCAGCCCCACCGGCGGUGUGGGCGGACGGGAUCCAGGGAGAGGGCCCCCUGAAGGUCUGGCCCAAAGAGACCUCCUCGAGUCCCUAAGGGAGGGUCCUUGGGGAGAAGGGGGCAAGGGGGGGCAAGGGGGGACUGAUUGGACUCCCCGUGGCGGUCAUGGGAAUGGGCGGGGCCGAAAUCCCAGGAACCUCCCUAAAGACGACCGGCAAGCUCUGAACGAGCACUUCCAGUCCAUCCUGCAGACGUUGGAGGAGCAGGUCUCUGGGGAGCGGCAGCGGCUGGUGGAGACCCACGCUGCCCGCGUCAUUGCCCUCAUCAACGACCAGCGCCGGGCGGCCCUGGAAGGCUUCCUGGCAGCUCUUCAGGGGGACGAGCCCCAGGCAGAGCAGUGCUCCAGGUUGAAAGGUACCUGGGGGGAGAGAAAGAAAAAGACAACCAUCCGCCACUACCGAUGUGGCGCGGGUGGAGAAAGCAGGCAGAUGGCUUCCGGGGAGCCCCGGGCUGAGCAUUGGGUUGGAGGGCCGCCCCAGGGAGCAGAGGAGGAGGGGUGCCCCGCCCGCCACGGAAGAAGACAUGGGAGAAAAUGGCUUAAAGGCUUCACUGAAGGGGAUGGAGCUGAGCGACUUCCGGAGCACAAGGUGAACAUCUCCAUCCCCCGCGGCCUCCCGUUCCGCUCUCCCGACAUCCAGAGGGACGAGCUGGAGCCCGGGAUGGGGGCGGGGACAGGGGGGCCCCGGGCCGUGGCCGGCUCCGGGCCCCGUGGCCGGGCGGCCGCUGGUCCUGUCCCUUUGGCCGGGGGGGCCGGGGCCACGCCACGGGUUGUGGAGGUGGACCCAAUGCUGAGCCUGGAGGAGCAGCAGCUCCGAGAGCUGCAGAGACACGGGUAUGAGAACCCGACCUACCGGUUCCUGGAGGAGCGACCCUGAGCCCCAACCCCUGAGCCCCAAACCCUAACCCUGAGGGAUCCCAAGCCCCCAACUUCUGACCUUGAAGGAUCCCCAAGCCCCCAAUUCCUGUUUUGGGGGGACCCUUAACCCCCAACCUCCAACCCCAGGGGCCCUGAAACUCCUGCUCUCUGACCUUAGAGGCCCCUAAGCCCAUGGCUACCCAAGCUCCUCCCCUAAUUUAUUUUCUAAGUUAAUUGGGUGCAGAAAAACUGCCCCCUCUACCCAGGGCCCCCCCCCCCACCUUGUGACCCAGUGAAACUAAUGUCUCAAUAAACCUUCCCUAUCCAAUA